UGGGGACUUACCUAAGAGUAAACAAUGGUUAUAUGAUUUUUGACACAAUUAAGACAUGUAUUCACUGAGAAACAAUUGUUUAUAAACACUGUUUCAGAAACAAUAUCUACGUGUUUCUGAAACAAAAUUAUUUGUUUCAGAAACAUAUAAUUUUGUUUCUGUGGACGAUGUGGACGGCAGAGUUUCCGAAACAUUGUUGCUGUAAACAUCUACGUGAUGUUUCAGAAACUGUGUAUCUGAAACAUUGUUUCCCAGUGAAUACAUGGCUUUAUGUAUUAAAGAAAUGAACCACUGUUUAAAAUGACGAUUCAUUAGUUAAUACUUAUUAUGUAUUUUAUUUACAUCAAUUUGCCGCAUUUAAUUUUAGACAGUUUUAAAAAAGUCAAUUGUUUAUGUUUAGUGAAGUGCCCACUCAAUAAUAUAGCAAACUUAUGUUUUUUUUUUUAAUUCUAGAGAAGAAAAAAAUUCUAAGAAGUAGUGCUUUAUCUAUCGUAUGUCGAUAGGUACUCGACAUCUUGGCCUUCAACUAUCACCAAUCAGAAAUUACCUACUUAUCUAAAAACUAGAGAAGUAAAUUGCUGUUCAUUAGUGGAAACACCAUUUUAUGCAAAAUCAUUUUGACAACUUUCAGCUUGCAAAAUUAUGCAGCUAUGCAAAAAUGCUCUUAUACAGGAUGUACCUAGAAGUAAUCAGAGAUUUAUUUAUGUAGGCCUUUAAGUUUAGUUAUCGCCCAGUUUUCAUACAGCGCCAAAACCGGGGCGGUAGGUGCCACUGUGCCCAGACACAAAAUUCAGAAUCAAAGGGAGUCGGAUCACGACCAAAUUUUGUUCAUCAACCUACGUGAGUAAUACCCUGUCUCAAUCACUUUAUUUCGCCUACGAGUUCAUUUGGUUUGGGCACACUAUUCCUGUAUUUUUAAGUAGGUACCUAAGCUGAUAAAAACGAGUUCUUCAUUCGCGCCUUAUCACUUUUGCCUUUAUUUUCUGUCUGCACUCUGUAUAAAGAAAAUAUUGUCAACGAAGCCACGAAAUAAACUGUAAAAAACACAGUUAGGUACCAACUUAGGUAGGUACCUAUAUCUAUAUACCUAAGUGCCUAACUACGCCACACGAACGAAACAUACUCGCAGACUAACUAAGCACGGAAACUAUUAAAUAAUUGUCCUCACCUCACUGGACUAGUAACAUUUUUGUUGAAGUUUUAUUAAUUCAUUUGAGUAAUAAUGAGUUUCCGCGAGAAGGUUGUUAUAGUGACUGGAGCCAGUUCAGGCAUCGGUGCUGCUAUAGCCGUGAAGUUCGCUGAACAAGGAGCCAGCAUCGUACUUACAGCCAGAAAUCAGGCCAGGCUAAAGGAAGUCGCAGACAAAUGUGGUAUCUAUGGUGCUAAACAUUGUAUCAUAAUUGCUGACCUCACAAAGAAAGAUGAAAUUGGGAAAAUCGUUGCAACCACCGUGGAACGUUUUGGAAAAAUCGACGUAUUGGUCAACAAUGCUGGAAUAGCUGGGAGGGCGGCAAUCUGGGAAGCGAAUGCAAUGGAAUUAUAUGACACAAUUAUGGCAACAAAUCUUCACGCCGUGAUAUACUUAACAAGCCUCGCUGCUCCUCACUUGAUUAAAAGUAAAGGUAACAUUGUGAACAUAUCUAGUAUUGCCGCGGUUAGCGUCAUCAAACCUGAACAAUUCGCUUAUUGUACUUCGAAGGCUGGAUUGGAUCAUUUCACUAGGUCCGCGGCUCUAGAUUUUGCAUCCAAGGGUGUGAGGGUGAACUCUAUUAACCCUGGGCCAGUAGAAACAAAUAUUGCACAGUGUUUGGGUGAUAGGCAAGGCGAGUUUUGGAAUAUGAUGCAGAAAAUGACCGCUCUUGGCAGGCUUUCGGAUUCCGAAGAAGUUGCUGACUUGGUGUUGUUUGUAGCUAGUGACAAAGCUAAAGCUAUAACGGGAUCAUCUUACAUUACUGAUAAUGGACUUUUGUUGAAAAGAGGUGCAUAAAUAGGUACGCCAAUUAUAGUCUAUUAAGAAAAAAGCAUAUUAUAGUACCUACUUGUCGCCAUGUCCGUGAUUGUUAUUUUUAUCCCUUAUUUUUGUUAAAAAUGUCAUCUAAGUAGGUACUUAUUAUUUUACUGUUAUGUCUAAGGCUAAGUAGGUACCUACCUACCUUGAAUUUUACCGAAAUAGAUAAGUGGAUAAAACGCCAUCGAUUUUGCACAAAA